AUGUCUUUUGUUCAGUUUCAGUUGGAUCCGACUGUACGAGCUCCGCCGCCGACGACGUCGGAAGGCAUUCUUUCUACUCGCACGACCCGUGUGAGUAAGCCACUAGUGCAGACAACAAUUCCCAGCAUGUUUCCGAAGCAGAGACUCAGGCCGUCUCAGGUCCAGUCGAAGCUUGUUAACAAGCAGUCUCGGUUGGGUCGGACUAUACGAGCUCCGCCACCGAAGACGUCGGAAGGCAGUCUUUCUACCCGCACAACCCGUGUGAGUAAGCCACUAGUGCAGAAAAAAGUUGACAUCAUGUUUGCGAAGCAGAGACUCAGGCAGUCUCAGGCCCAGCCGAAGCUUGUUAACGGGCAGACUGCCGACAUAUCCCGUCAGGCGUCGCCUUCCAACAACGUGGGUGACGUGGGAUCACUUAAUGGGACGUUUAACCCGCCUUGGAGCAUCUCGGAGAAAUCCUCUAGGCCAUUGGAUCUUUCUCCGAUGGACGAUGCAUCGGUUUAG